AUGGAGACGACACUACCUCUCCCGUUCCUCAUUUCGGUUGCGGUGCCACCGGGGCUCGCAAACUCCGAGGGCCUCUCCCGCGACGAGGUCUCUUGCUUAGGAGCCGUCUUCUUCGACGCGACAAGCCAGAACCUCCCGAAGCUUCUCAACCUGCUCCGCCAGCACAAUGCCUCAUUCCACACCUUCUUCGACGCCACAAACCUCGAGUCCAGAGACGACGUGGUUUCCCUGCUUGACCACGGCGCGCGAAAAGUCUUCGUCCAGCCCGAGCAGUUGGCCAACUUCACAGAUUUCGGGUCCCGAGUCGCCCCCGUGGUGACCGACCUCAAGCAGAUAUCGGCCGGUGCCGAAAGCGGAGUGCUUAUCAAGGAUGUCGACCCCAAGUCUGCCGAUUUUGCCAGCCUCGUGGAAGCAAGCAAAGACGCCAAGAUCUCGACCCUUUUCGUCCGUGCGACCGAGGGCUCAUCGUCCGAUGAACUUGUCGCGGCGAGCUCCCAGCUUGUUUCCGCGGUACUGAUCAUUCCAUCCACAAGAUUGACAGUCAAGAAGGAAGAGAUGGGGUCCAAGGUCUACGUGCCGAGUCUGCUUGCUCGCAACUGGAAAUCUGAUCGGGCCGAUGGUCUCAUUCCGACGGUGGUUUGCGACGAGAGGGGAAUUGCCCUAGGCCUCGUGUACAGCAGCCAGGAGAGCGUGGGAGAGUCGAUCAAGACCCAGACUGGCGUCUACCAAAGUCGCAAGCGGGGCUUGUGGUACAAAGGUGCCAGCUCAGGCGAUACUCAAGAACUCGUCAGGAUCAGCUUGGACUGCGAUAACGAUGCGCUCAAGUUCAUUGUCAAGCAGAAGGGCCGUUUCUGCCAUCUCGAGCAGUUUGGCUGCUUCGGCGAACUGAAGGGCAUCUCGAAGCUUGAACAGACCCUGAUUUCGAGGAAGAAGUCGGCGCCGGAGGGCUCCUACACAAAGAGGCUGUUCUCCGAUGAGAAACUCCUCAGAGCAAAGAUCAUGGAGGAAGCAGAAGAAUUAUGUGAUGCCAAGUCGCCCGAGGAUGUUGCCUUUGAGGCUGCUGAUCUCAUCUAUUUCGCCCUCACCAAGGCCAUUGGUGCUGGGGUCACCCUCGCCGACAUCGAGAACAACCUCGAUGCCAAGAGCCUGAAGGUUAAGAGGAGGCCUGGCAACGCUAAGGGCCAGUGGGCUGCGAAGGAGGGUAUCGCCAAUGGUCCUGCAGAAGACGCCAAAGAGGCUGCCAAGGCAUCGACAGUACCUUUGACAUCCGAGCCUGCAGCCGAAAAGCAUACCGCCCCAGAUUCCGAUAAGAUUGUGAUGAAGAGGAUCGACGUUUCGCAAUCCAGCGAGGCGGACGUGUCCGCAGCUCUCAAACGGCCUUCGCAAAAGUCUGCCGACGCCAUUCUGAACAUUGUCACGCCUAUCAUCAAUGACAUCCGUGAGAACGGAGACAAGGCCCUCCUCUCCUACACCCACAAAUUCGAGAAGGCGACCUCAUUGACAUCCCCAGUCCUUCGAGCGCCGUUUCCCAAGGAGAUGAUGAACCUUCCGGCUGAGACCAUCAAGGCCAUUGAUGUUUCCUUUGAGAACAUUCGCAAGUUUCAUGCCGCACAAAAGGAAGAGAAGCCUCUUCAGGUUGAGACGAUGCCAGGCGUUGUCUGUAGCAGAUUCUCGAGGCCUAUUGAGCGGGUUGGUCUGUACGUGCCCGGCGGUACUGCAGUCUUGCCCAGCACUGCGCUGAUGCUGGGUGUGCCUGCUAUGGUCGCCGGAUGCCACAAGAUCGUCCUGGCUUCGCCCCCCCGCGCGGACGGUAGCAUCACCCCAGAAAUUGUCUAUGUCGCACACAAGGUUGGUGCUGAGAGUAUCGUGUUGGCUGGCGGUGCCCAGGCCGUGGCUGCCAUGGCCUACGGAACUGAAAGUGUUACCAAGGUGGACAAGAUCCUUGGUCCUGGCAACCAGUUCGUAACUGCCGCCAAGAUGUUUGUGAGCAACGAUACCAACGCUGGGGUAAGCAUUGACAUGCCGGCUGGCCCGUCCGAGGUCCUUGUCAUUGCGGACCGUGACGCCAACCCUGCCUUUGUCGCUUCCGAUCUGCUCUCGCAAGCAGAGCACGGUGUCGACAGCCAGGUCAUCUGCAUUGCCGUUGGCAUGGACGAGCAGCACCUGACGGCCCUUGACGACGAGCUGCACAAGCAGGCUAUGGCUCUGCCUCGCGUUGACAUUGUUAGGGGCUCCAUCGCCCACUCAGUGACCAUCAUUGUCAAGGACAUCGAAGAGGCCAUGAGGAUUAGCAACGACUACGCGCCCGAGCACUUGAUCCUGCAGAUCAAGGAUGCCGAGUCGGUCGUGCCCAAGGUCAUGAAUGCCGGCAGUGUGUUCAUUGGCCAGUGGACCCCCGAGAGUGUUGGCGACUACUCUGCUGGUGUCAACCAUUCUCUGCCUACCUACGGAUUCGCCAAGCAGUACUCUGGCGUCAACUUGGCGUCAUUUGUCAAGCACAUUACCAGCUCGAACCUGACGGCGGAGGGAUUGAAGAACGUGGGCGACGCGGUCAUGCAGCUGGCCAAGGUUGAGGAACUCGAGGCGCACCGGAGAGCAGUCAGCAUCAGACUGGCUUCCCUGAAUAAAUAG